UGUUUAAUUUGAAAUUCUAUAUUUUUUUUGCCCCGUCCUGUCAGUGGACGCUUGGGCCAAUGGCGUCAUUGACAGCCGCCGCGAAUCCAGACUUUUUCCUUCGCCAGCGACCCGGACAAAGUGAUUUUAUUCGUUUUUCCAGUGCGGCAUCAACUCGGUAGGCUUGGUUGCUAGCCCAAACGUAUCGCCAAACCCCCGGGGAUCCAGUGAAAAGUGCGAAAAGUGCCGUGGGGCUGUGUAAAGUGAUCUAAAUAUGAUGAAUAUAUCACGGCGUUGAUGCUGGGUCGCGCGGUGACGAGUGGUGGCGUUGUCGUUUUUUUUUUUUUGCAACUCUGGCUCCCGAUUCUCGCGUCAUCUUUUCUCCGCGCGUUUCUGUGCAAACCGAACAUCGAGGCCAGGGUAAUGCUGCGGCAGGGUGGUGGUAAGUGCUCCUCGCUGUGGCUGCUGUACGCUUAGAAAGCCACAAAAGGCGUACACGGCAACAACAACAACACCGCUACGGCAGCAGCGUAUGCGGUACAAAGCGGUAUCGGCCGGACGAGUAUCCGCAGUAGUGCAAGAUGGUGGUUUCCAAGGAAGGCAGAAGGCGACGCCGAGUCGCCGAUCCUAGUCCCAGUCCUGCCGAUAGUAACGCAGCGCCAGCAAACACUAGUGUGACAACCAGCAGUACUACGCCUCCCGAACGGGAGCUCUCCCCUCCGGAAAUACCGAAACGGCCGAAGGUGCAUGCACAGCGCAAAUUCGCCCAGGGCCAGGGUACCACAUCGUCUGCCUAUCUUAACUCCUACUCGUCUGCCCCGCCAACACCGGCCAAGGAUGCAGCAGGCCGACCGAACGCGAACGGUGGUAACGGUACCGCUCUCGCGCCCGGAUCAUCAUCGGCACCCGGUUCGACUGGUGGCACCGGUACACCCGGUACACCGGAUGGUGUUGCCACGACGCAGCAAAUGACCGAACUGCUGCCUAACAAGCGGCCAAACACGGAAGAUUUCCUUACAUUCGUGUGCUUCCAUCGCACCUCUGCGUUGCCUCCGGCUUUGGACUUUUUCAAUAAGUCAGCAUCCGCCACCGGUUCCGGUGCAGCUGCUGCUACCACCGGUGGUCGAGGCACAAGCUCUACGGGCGGUACAAGCAGUUCCAGCAGAGUGGCUGCAGCAGCGAAACGGAAAGAAGAAAAGACGCCACCGAGCGCCACCAAAGAGGUCGUCACGACCAAGGGAGGCCCACCACCACCAGCAUCAUCGACUACUGUUGUAACCCCGGCAACGUCAGCGCCUUCUACGUACAUGCCAUUUGCAGUGCGCAAAAGGGCCGCCGAACCGCCGGUUGCCGAAUUGCGAUCCGAUCGAAAGCAGCGAUCCCAGGAUAAGGUGCAGGCGUUGCGCAAAAAGUAUCGCGAUCAGCGUGUAGCUAAGCUUCGGGCAACAACCGGUAACACGAGGUCGGGUGUACGGGGCGGAGCCGCUACGGCGAAAACCCGUUCCGCCGCAAGCCGGGAGCGCGAAAGCACGGAAGAAGAAGAGGAUACGGGCGAAGAAGCGGCCGAAGAAGAGGUAGAGGAGGAGGAGGAAGAAGAAGAAGUGGAUGCCGAGGAGCAGAAAGACACCAAGAAACCGAGGGAAACUGUCAAACCGAGCCGCAAGGGGCCAAAUACCAAGCAGGAGUCGAAGGACUCGCAACCAGAACCCGAUGGUGUAGAGGAUGGCGAGGCAGAAGACAAACAACAAACAGGCGCUAAGCGAAAAAGUGGUCUCCGGAGUGGCAAUACUAUCGCUCAAUCCGUGACUCAACCGAAAGCAAACACUAAAGUGACAAAGGUAGCGGAAGGGGUAAAAAGCGAUAGCAAAGAUACCGCGCGAAAGGAUCAACCAACAGGGGAAGAAGGAAAGGGCAAAAAAUCGGUUAAAAAAGAGGAAUCAGCCAUCGAAGAAAGCCCCAAGGGCGCAAAGAAGGGUAGCAAAGGCGAAGAAGCUGAUGGUGGCAAGCGUACGACUCGGCUGUCCGCGUUGCGGAAUCCAACGAAAGUUGCAAAAGAAUCAAGUUCCGAAGAUGAUGAACCACUGUCACGGACUAUGGCGAACAGCGAUAUCGAUAAGCGAUCGCCGGUGGAGUUGGAUUUGGGUAAAACCACACGCUCUGGCCGUAGUCGAAAAUCGGAUCCGACCGGUGGUACGACUGCUGCUAAUCGAAGCGAGAAGAAGGACCCAGGCGAAACGCAAGACAAGAAAGCCCGCCGAUCGGUGUCUGUGCUCAGCCGACGAUCGGACGUUAGCUCGCAGCCGAAUGACGCCGUUGGUGCUGCCAGUAGUUUAGCGAAAAAUGUUCGUAAAGGCGAGCCGAGAGCUAAGCAACAGCGAACCGCCACAGAUGAUACCGUCGGCGAUGAGAUGAACCGUGAUCCGAAAGAGGAACCUUCAACCGAACCCUCUUCAUCUCCGACAGCGGCCUCCGGUCGAAAGCAACCAGCAGGCGCACGGAAAAAACGUGAAACGGCAGCCAAAAAAGCGGCCACAACACCAACAAUCCCAGAACCGACGGAAACGCGCGAGCAGGCGGAGAGCGAAAAGCGACCGAAUACGGCCGUCUCAAGCGCGGCUACUACUCCGGUUGAGUUGCAGCAGAGUACCGGUCGACCGUCGAGGAAAACGAAAGAAGCAGCCACACUUUAUAUGGAACUAAUAGGCCGCAAGUUUAAUCAGGAUGACAAAUCCGAUGAUGAUGACGCCUCUUCGCUAGACAGCCUUGAGCUACCGAACGUACGCCGGUUGGAGCAGAUGGAGAACGAGCUCAAGAAGGCGAAUGCGGGUAAGAAGGAAACCAAGGCAACCGCCGCUGCUGUUGCCGCUGCCUCCGUAUCCACUACGACGGUUCUUACGAAGAAUGCAAAAUCAAAGCAAACCGCGACCGGAGAAGAGGCUAAAAAUCGACGCAAAACAGGAGAGGCUGUUGCUUCCAAAGGUGGCACAGGCGAUGAUGAAGCUGUUGGUAAGAAGUUGGAGAAAAGUUUCAGUGAUUCCGAUGAGGAACCGUUGGCCACCAAAUUUCAGCGGAAAAAGCAAACACAACAACGACAACCGACGACGUCGGUAGGCGCAAAAGGAAAAGGUGGUAAUGCCGCUGCAGCAACAGCAGCAGCAGCUAGUGGCGGUGCUGGUGGCAAAUCAGUGAAAAGCCUGGAUGGUAAAAAAGAGGAGCCUACUAGACAGAAUCAGGUUGAGCAACCAACAACACCGACCACAGGGGCAAGGGCCAAACGCUCGAGCGGACUCGCUGCAUCGCCAGGGAAACAGAAUGGAACAACACCACCAUUCUCCGGUGGAGCAGUAGGCGCUGGGAGUGCAAUAAAGACGCCGGUGAAAGCUGUCGGUACACGUGGUGCUACCAACAGUUCGAACCAGAACUCUCCGGCCGCGACGCAGCCGAUUCUGAAUACCAAUCAGGAUCCAUUGCGCACCCCUGAGUCAUCAUCGACGAGGUUGAAUCGUUCGGCCGACAACAACACCACUCUUCAAUCGACGAUCGUUGAGGCGAGUGAAAGUCCGACGAAAGUGGUCCAUCCAACGUUGCCAACUCCACCUCUCCUGAAUAUACCGACCGUACCGAUACCGAUGAACCGUACCGAUGCUCCUCCUGGCUCACCGUUCACUCGGCAAAUGGUUAAACCAUCUGAACUGAUAGUACCCUCUGGUCAGCUGAAAAGCUCUCCUCCGGGAGCACUGACUGGGAUUGGCUUCACUCCUGAAAUCCCUUUCAACCGCACCACAGGAAAGAGCGCGGAACUGAUUGCGCUCAGCAGCACGGAUUUUAUGAAGAGUUUUGAGGAACAUGCGGCAAGCGAGGCCGCCAAAGCGGCCACCAGUUCGCUGCUGGGUAAUCUGCUGCCGAGUAAGGAAGAAUCGGAAAAGAUUUUCGGUAUCGCUAGUGUCAGCUUGGCGCAAAGUUCGGGUCCGCUCGAUACCAAAUGUACGCUGGGCAAGUGUGGAUCGGUCCACAAGCCUCCGCUGGGUCCGCCCGUGUUGACCGAAUCACUCCUUGGCGGUCAUUUGUCGCCGAGAGAUCGUCGAAAGGCGAAGGUGAACAUGACACAUGAACAGAUACAGAGAUGGAUCGAUGAGUCGUCCUGGUCCCCGAUCGAGGACGAUCUGCGCGAGGAACCAGAGAUCUCGAGUGCAUCCAUGAGCCGUACACCUCCGCCACCGGGUCAAACGGCCUGGGAUCGGUUAACAGCAUCGGAAUCAAACAAUCUGAAUGUGCCAACGGUAGUGUCCACACCGGUUACAACACCGACAACCAGUGCACUGGUAACAUCCGCUCCCGUCACCAGCACACCCGUCACAACUACCGGUACGGGGGAAGAGGUGAAUAACAAAGCAUCAGCGACGACGAUGAUCACCCAAAGCUCACCACAGACCGCUAUCGUCGGAGGGGGAACGAUCGCACCGAAACCGACCUCGGAGCUGCUUGCACCGAAGGCAGGGGCUAUUGCAUCUCCCCCGGUCGCAACUGGUACCCGUGGAGGAGGAAAGGGCAACGAACGAGAAUCACCAUUGGUAACUACGACUACUCCUGCCGGACGUGAAACAUCCGAGGCCAAUGUCACCUCUACUACCGUCAGUGGUAAGCGUGAAGCGAAGGAAGCUGAAAAUCAACGAAAAAAGCUGAAACCGAACCCUGCCACUGUAACAACUAAUUCAUCACAAACAGCAGCCAAAUCACAAUCACCGGCCACAACGCCGACGGACCGUAAACCGAUCUAUCGAACGGCAGCUGGGCGUACUCCGGUGUACAAGCAGCAACAGGCUCAGCCACAUCAACAACAGCAGCAGCAUCAGCAGCAACAGGAUCUUACAGCUACGGCAAAGUACCAACCAUCGCAGCAAACAACGGGCGUUGCUGCUCAACCAAACCAUCACCAGAAUGCAUCAUCGUCGAAUACAACGACGACAAAAGUGGCAACAGGAGCAUCACAGAUGGCGGCGUUGGCAGCUAACGCCAGCAAC